CCUUAAUCCGAAAACUCCAAUAUUAAUCACAUCAGCCACAGCCAACUUCAUUAACAAGAAGGCAAAUUCCACACCGCUCAUUCCAAUCCAUUUUCGUUUUUCAAUAUUGGGCCCCUCCAAGUGGCACCAUCAAUUCAAAUAUUUCAUCAAAAUUCCACAUUUCUGAAACAACCCCCCGUUCACACACCAGAGAGGGAAUUCCCAAAGCUAGGAUUUCCUUUUCCAGUGAGUGAGCGGCAGCCAUAUAGGCAGGUAGAGAGAAAGGCAAAACAGAGAGAAGGCUAGAGGCGAUUAUUAGGGGACACCCCACACGAUCUGUGAGGGGAAAAAGAAAAAUUUUAGUAGUACCCACAAGGGGAGAAGGGAAUCAAUCAUGCCAUCAGGUGCUAAGAAGAGAAAAGCUGCCAAGAAAAAGAAGGAACAAGCAGCCAACACAAUCAAUUCAUCAACUAACAACAGCCCAUGUGGAAAUGAUGAUCCGAAAAGCCAAGAUGAAAGGGACAGUGAUAGUGGCGAUGUUGGUUCCUCUACAUCUCAGGAUGACCACAAUCACCAGCAUCCAUUCAGUCAGGAGGAAGAAGAAGGGAAAAGAGCACCAUCACCUGUUCAAUCGCAUGUAACUGAGGAGAAGUCUGUGGAAGAAGCCACUAGAGAUGCAGAAAGCAUCGAGAAAUCAGGAUUGAAUGAUGUUGAUGUUAAAAUUGAAAAGGAGUGGGAACCUAAGGAGGAUCUUGAGAGUACACAUGUUCCUAUUCAGCAUGUUGAGCAUGAUAAGAGCUCUAGCAGCAGCAGUAGUUCGGGUGAUGAAUCUCAAGCGCUUCAGAAGAAGUCAAAGGAAGAAGCCUGUAAUCUUGGUUCUGAAGUGGUCUUACUUAAUAAUGAGGAUAAGUCGGCUACUAUUAUGUCUGAAGAAGUUCAGAAGGUUGUUGAAAAUGAAACACUUGGGGAUGUUGAUAGAAAUUAUGCAGAGGAGACUGUUGCUGUUGGCAAUUUGGUAAAAACUGUGUUAUCUGUGCCAGAGGAAGUUGAUUAUGCUACAGAAAUUCCUGCAAACAAAUCAGUAGCUGAUGUAGUUGAGUCAAGGUUGAAGGAUAGUGAAGAGAAAUCAUUGCCCUCAUCAAAUGGGAUUUCUAGGGUUGCAUUGGCAGGAAAUGAAGGAAAAUUUUUCCCAGCCUCGGGUAUUCCUACUGCUGAAAUUAGUAAUGUUGCUGAAAUAAACCAAGAAUCUAGGCCCCAUGAUUAUUCUAUUCAGCAAAAUCCAGAGGAAGUCAAUUAUGCUACAGAAAUUUCUGCAAACAAAUCAGUAGCUGAUGUUGUUGAAUCAGGGUUGAAGGAAAGUGAAGAGAAAUUGUUGCCCUCAUCAAAUGGGAUAUAUAGGGUUGAAUUGGAAGGAAAUGAAGGAAAAAUUUACCCAUCCUCAGAUACUCUUGCUGCUGAAACUAGUAACAUUGCAGAAACAAACCAAGAAUCUUGGUCCCAUGAUUUUUCUAAAAAGCAGCCUCCUGUUGCUCCGACUCCACCAGUGGUGCAAAGAACCUCAUUGUUAAGUUGCUGUGGAUUGUUUGAUGUUUUUACUGGGUCUGGUAGAUAAUUGCAGAACCAUCUACUCUGGGGAUUUGGAAGACAUGGCAGUUCGACAAAGUCACUAAGGAUUUGGUUUCUUGAUGUCUAUUCUAUUUCAAGUUCUCAAUGUUUUUUCCUAAAGAAUAAUGGACAACAGAGCUAGCUAGAAAAACAGUUAUAAGUUUUGUGGUGGUGAUAGUGCUGAUGCUGAUAGUAGCUAGUCGUUCGGAGCCACAAAUACAUUCUUUUAUUGGCACUUUUGCGGUGUAGUUUCUUAUCUAGUUUUGUCUUGUAUCUAGUUCUUGUUUUGGUUUGAGUGGAGUAGUUUCCUUAAAGUAUACAAGGUUUAUGAGAGUAAUUUCAACAUGGUUGCUAUUGUUGGUGUUUAUUAUCAUGAAUUUUGAUAAUCUCUGUUCGUUUGAGCAAAUUUAUGGUUUUGUUUUUCUUAGGUAAGACCAUAAGAGAGUCUAAUGCUACUCUGUGGUCAUGGAUUAUUCAUGAU